UCUGGGGUCUGCGUCCCCUAGUCUCGCGAUAGCUGAAUUGGCCAAUCAGAAGAAUACAGACUCCUCAGUGCUUCCUGGUUGCACAGGCUCCUGCUCGGGCUGCUCAUUUUGAAAACUUCAUGCCUGACGUCCAAUUGGGUCAUCGUCAUAGGUGUCUUGCGGUAAACCCACUCGAAAAUCACAUCUGAGAUGCAGUCUUCCGUUAUAGGCGUCCAGCAGUAAACCCGCUUGAAACUCCCAUCUGAAACACAUCAACCCAGAGCAGAGAUAAUAUGCUACUGUGCGCCAUCACCGCGUCCAGAGGAAAACUCGCUUGAAAAUCCCAUUUGGUCAAGAUCUACCCAGAGCAGAGAUAAUACACUACUGUGCGCCAUCACCGUAAGUCAUCAACAUGUGGGUGAUCCCUUUUUCUUAUCCCAUACACACACGUGAAAACAGUUUAGAGGGAACUGUGCUAGCAACACGAUUGUUGAAAUUGCUAACAGAAGAAUAAAAUAAUUUAAAAAAAAAAAAUGUAAUUAAGCUCAUUCUUAUCUUUGUCAGCUAUUUGUUUGCCUAUGACCAGCAAGUUUCGAUCUUAUGAAUCCAUUUAGGCAAUGUAAAUGAAAGAUACAUUCUCCCUUCGUGGAGGCAUUGAAAGUAACAUAUGGUCUCACCAUGCCAAAAUGCAUAGUGUCUCACUGUCAGCACAAAACUGGACAAAAACAAAAAUUUCCACAUGUCAUUCUUCAUCCUUUCCCAGGAAAUCUUGAAAUCAUCAAAAAGUGGUUAUUACAGAUUGGCGACGAUUAUGAUGACAUUGAUGCUCUUGCUCUCAAGAUUUUAGAUGGGAAAAAAUAUGAUACAUACCGAAUAUGUUCUAUGCACUUUGAAGAGAAUCAAUAUGUACAAAAAUCUUACCUUAAAACUCUUCGAAAGGGUGCUGUCCCUACACUCUUCAUGAAAAUGCCAUCCUUAAUUCAGAUUCAAAGCAUAACAGGACCACCUCCUUGCAAAAGAAAAAGAGCAGAUGACCCAGAUGAAGGCCCUUCAGCCGCUACUAUUGUCCGUAUAGUAUCACGUUCAAGGACCAUUUCUACUCAGACAGAACCGGGAUAUUUUCUAAGGAGUACUGCGGCUAACACCGAUCAUAUGUUCUUCAUGGAAUCCAAAUGCACCCAAAGUGAACCGCCUAUCCAGAAGAAGGAAAUGCAAAUCCAAACCGGAGACGAUUCUGUUCCAGCUGAAAUGUGGAUUAUUAAAAAUGAUCAUGUCUAUCCAGUUUGCUUUUCCACACCAAUGAAAGCAAGUGUUUUUAAUAAUCAACAUUGUGAAUCUCAAAAUAAAACAAUUCAAGAGAUUUCUCCAGUUAAUGAAAAUCGCCUAUUAGAGGACACACUGGAGACUACAUUUCCAACUUUAGAAGAUCCUAAAGACACCACCUUUAACCAACCGGAGUGCAUAUCUUUGGAGAUGUCGGACAUAAUAGAUUCUUCAGUUAAUGAGGUUUUUAAUCAUCCUGUAUUUUCUGAAACAGAUUUUGUGCAAGAAAGAAAAUUUAUCAUUUUUGAGACGCAGUUAGAUUCGCUACUUCGUCUCAUUCCAUGUCAGUACAAUGAUGGCCAAAUGUGUAAGGCACCAAUUUCCAAAAUACACAAAACUGUUGAAGGAUCGAUGGUCGUUGUAAAUUUAACUUGCCAAAACCAUCACAAUGCACUCAUCUGGAAAUCUCAACCAACCGUAUCAAAUAUGCCUGUUGGCAAUAUACUGAUGUCAUCCUCUAUUCUUUUAAGUGGCUCCUCAUUUCGAAAAGUGAAGGAAAUGUAUGGUCUAUUUGGUAUAGCUGCCAUUUCUAACACUACAUUUUACAAACAUCAAAACCAAAUUCUAUUCCCAGCAAUAGAUAAUUACUGGAAAAAAGAACAGCAGAAAAUAUUUAAGGAAAUAGGAGAUGAGGCUGUUGUAAUUGCCGGGGAUGGGCAAUUUGAUAACCCAGGACAUUGCAUAUAUUCACUCAUGGAUAUUCUUUCAGAGAAAAUUGUUGAUUUCAAAGUUGUACAAAAUGGACCUGGAAAAACAUCAUCAUCACUAGAAUCGGAGGCUUUUACUGAUUGUAUGGAAAAUCUUUUAGCAAAUAAAGUUCAAGUAAAAACAGUGGCGACAGAUAGGCACAGUUCCGUUAGAAAGGUGCUGUCCAAAACGUACUCAACUGUUGAGCACCAGUUUGAUAUUUGCCAUUUAUGUAAAAGUUUAUCAAAGAAGUUGAAAGCAGUAAGUAAGCAGCGAAAGUGCAAAGACCUUGUUCGAUGGAUCACACCUAUUCAAAAUCAUCUAUGGUGGUGUGCGCAGACCUGUAUGCAAAAUGCAGAUUUACUAAUUGAAAAAUGGCAAUCUGUGAUGUUUCAUGUGGCAGAUGUACACAACUUCCCAAGAUUUAAAAAAUACAAAAGAUGCAUGCAUGGAACAAUCUCUCAAGAACAGCGAAAUGAAACAAAGUGGAUUAAGCCAAGCCACCCUGCUCAUAGUGCACUCCAAAAAAUUGUGAAUGACAAAGGACUUCUUGCGGAUUUACGUCAAGCCACAAAGUUUUGUCAGACGGGACAAUUAGAAGUGUAUCAUAGCAAAUGUUCAAAAUACCGUUCAAAGAGAUUCUCUUACAGAAUGAAUUCAAUGCAUGCUCGAACCACUUUAGCUGUCCUUUCAAACAACCGCAAUGUGGGCAGAAGCCAAGCAAUAGUGAUCUGCCCAGAAAAAUCAGCAUUAGCAAUUGGUGAAAAAGGAUACAAACUGCAAAAAAAGAAUUGGGUGGCUAAGCCGAUUUACAAGGCCUGUGUAGAUGACCAUCUAUUUGAGAUAACUAAUGACUGUUUGAGGAUUCAAAGAGGGGAGAGGGAGUAAAGGCUUAAUAUAAGCCUGCAUCUUACGCACAGUGACUGCAAAAACGUUUCUUCAAUUGGCCGCAGUUUAAUGUGCAAUGCAAUUUUUACGGUCUAAAAACGAAGGAGGUCCCUUUUGUUUAGGUUAACUUACCUUUUCUCGUUGCUAUGGAGUACUUGUUUGUAAUGCAGAUGUUGAAAGUCCUAUUUUUAGAAUUUUUAAAGGAUCAGUAACAUCAAAAAAAAUUUAAAAAAAAAUUGUUUGUAUACUACGAAAAAAAACACCAACACAUAUUAAACUUUAAAAUGGCAAAGUCUUUAUUUAGAAAUAACUUACUGAAUCUCCGCUUGUGCUCCUCUUCUGAAAAGACGUCGAUUGUGUGUCACUUGAUUUCUUCUCCGCCGCAUGAUGGAUCAUCGCCCUGUCGCCUUUUCUGAAGAGGAGCGCAAGCAGAGAUUCAGUAAGUUAUUUCUAAAUAAAGACUUUGCGAUUUACUAACAAUUUUUUUAAUUUUUUUUUUUUAUGUUACUGGUCCUUUAAGCAAAAUAACAUGAAAAAAAUGGUGCCCUUGAAAUGUUUGGAUGAUUGUCCAUAAUACAUCACAUCUUUAUAUGUGAAUUUGCUUCAUGUUUUUUUUAUAGGGAUGGUCAUCUUAGAAAGAUUCAUUUUUGAACAAAUAUUUCAUAUUUUAAAAAAUUAUUUUCAUUCUGUCUUUAGUAUUCAUGUAGCUUUUACAUGGUUCAAACUUAGUUUGCAAUAAAUCUCAUUUGCGGCUUAGUUACCCGAUUGGUUUAUUAGGGUAUUUUUGCAGACUUGAGAUGUGCAGAACCCUAUUACAAAAAGAUACCUUAUCAGAAUACACAUGGUCCAGAGCAUUGUGGGCAACAGAAGCCCUACAUGUAUAUUGUAAAAUUAGCACAUUGCCUAUAUGUCUGUACAAAGAACUUUAGGAAUAAUAAAAGUCAAAUGCUGACCGCUGAAAUGUGAGAAAUGUUCUUGUAAAUUCUUUAAGAUGAAUUUGUUUGCCAUGUGACGACAAUACGAAUAAUUUUGGUUGAACAAAAUAAACUGUAUUCAGAGUUGA